CGGUCCGGUGUUCGGUUCUUAAAAUUAUAAUUUUCGGUUUUCGGUUCAAUCUGGGUCGGUCCGGUCUGGUCUUAGACCUAGUACUACUAUCUAAGUGUCAAAAGCCAACCCAUGGGCUUCUAUGUAAGGUACCCACAAAACUUAGCCCAAAGUUAAGUUGCUAGAACAUGAAUACACGAAAUACACGAUGGCACUACUACUCGUAGCCAAAACAAUAUAGCACGUUAGCACGUCGUUUGGCAGAAAGAUUAAAAAAAAAAAAAAAAAAAAAAAAAAAAAAAAAAAAAAUUCCCUCCAGAAAAAGCCAUCUUCUACUCAAAGCAGAAAGACAAAUAUAUACCAAAACCAUGGAAAUUGAAGGUUCAGAUGGUUCAAAAUUCAAACUAAAACCAAAUUCAACCACCAUUUUUGGAAGAGGAAAUGGGUUUUACUCAAACGACUUAACAGUUUCUCGUCGUCAAGUUUCGUUCGAUUUUAAUCCCUCAGAAGAUCCCCAAACAGCUCCUAGGGUUUCAUUUGAAGUCCUUGGAAAAAACCCAAUUUGGGUUCACAAAAAACAGCAGGAAAAUGGAAAUGUUAAAGGUUUUAAGAGAUUUCAAAGGGGUGAUUUGGGUAUUGAUGAUUUGUUCUGUGUUUCUGCUAAAACCCCUAUUUGGUUUACUCUCAAGAAUAUUGCAAAUGUUUUUGAAGAGAGAGAAAAGCAUUGUGAGGAAGUUAAGGGAAGAAUUAAUGCUGAUUUGAGGGAAAAUUUGGAAACUGCUUCUGGGUUUGAAGAAAUUGAGGACAUUGGGCUGGAUUUUGUUGAUCUUUCUAACAUUGAUCCAAUUCAAGAGUUUGGUUUUGUUGUAAUUGGACACGAGUUUGAUCAGUAUCCGAAACACAUGAUUCGUGAUAUCAAGAAAUGGGACUGGUUCCUUGACGAUCCUAAGAGAAAUUCUGAUGAUGAGGAGGAUUCUGAGAUGAAAGGAUUUACAAGUGGGAGGAAGAGGAAGAAAACUAAUAGAGGAGAAGAUGAUGAUGUAGAAGAGGAGUGGACUGCUGAGAGUGAAGGCGAGGAACUAACCACAAAUGCAGGUAAGGUUCAAAGACCAAAGUAUGAUACUCGAUCAAAAGACCAUGGCGUACGGAAAAAAGGUACAACAAACAGGAAAUCUUCCACCAACACAAGCACAAGGGAAGAGGAGGAAGAAUCUGAAGACGAUGAGGAUGAGACCUUAGGAGGCUUUAUUGUAACUGAUGAUGAUGAUACAGUGGAAGAAGAUGGAAAUGAUGAAAUGGAUGAGGAUGAAGAGGAAGAAUUUAUUGAAGAUGAACUAGAAGAUUAAUGACCCUUGUAUGUAUAGUUUAGCUGCCAAGUGUUUUUGCUGCACAUCCCUAACCUAUAAAAGUCGUGGAACCCAAAUAAAGAACUUGCUCAAAGCCCUUGAUUUCUUAUGAACAGUGUCAUGCCCAAAUUACCCCUGUAAUUUGCCUUUGAUUUUCUUAUGAGCUGCUUCGUAGGAGGUUUAGUCCCAAAGCAUAUGCUGUGUGUUCCCCAUUUAGUGCUGACUCGGCUGCAUCAGAGAAUUGGAUUUAAUCAGGGUAUGAAAGCCAUUGAUUUCUGCUUAUCGAGCAUAAAUUCGUUUGGAGGACUUCUUGAUGGUAAAGGGAUGCCCUAAUCUCAGCCACUUACCCGAUCUCGUAAGACAAUUAAGUGAGCUUUCUGUGAAUAAAACCGAAAGUGACUGAUUUACAUUGCAACUGACGGCCUUAAAUAUGCUGUGGCAAAGGAGAAUUUGAUCGUUAUCAUAUCAUCGGAAGUUUUAGCACCCAAAGGUGCAGCCUACCUUUUGUUGGCCUUAUUGCUCACCAAGAUCUCAUCCAGUUUGCAAACUUCAAGCUUUUUUGGGAUUUUUUUCCUUAGUUUAUUUUGACAAUUCCUUACCGGGUUUAUUUAAUUACUACGUAUUCAACGCUAUAUUGUUAAAAUCAGGGGUUUAUCCUCUGUUCUGAGUUUUUAUAUAUUUAUCCCAAUUUUGGUUAAAGUGUUAUAA